CCUGAGUGUCUGGUGAUGAGUUACGACAAAGAAGUGAGGGCCACUGUGACCCUUUUGGGUGGCGGUAUGGCCACAAUGGCUGGCGGUCCUUUGGGUCCGCCCAUAGGCAUCCCUUCAGGCCAGGAGCAGGUGAAGAGAAGGGUGUCCAACCGAUCGAAAACGUUCGCCAAAAAAGACGAGAAGAGGAACAGCGCUCUCGGAUUUUUCAGUUUGUUCAAUCGCAAAACGAGCGAUAAAACGCGAUCGGCUAUUUUCCAUUCGGACGAUUCGUUGGACGGCGAUAGGCAGUCGAUCACGUCAUCGAAUCCAUCGCUCGCAUCGCCCACUGUUCCGUUGCCCUACCCGCUACAUCCGCUGGGGUGCAAGUCGGUCUCGUCCAGCGCCCUGCUCUUGCCUCAUUCGCCCGUGGCCUCGGCCGACGUUGUCUACGCAACGGAAUUAUCUUUGGCCGAAGAAGUGCACGGCACGGCCGGCAUGGAAGACGAGCAAGCUCCGCCCUAUUACGACGAUAACGAUGUCAACGACUCGAACGACGUUGCGACGGACGAUUCGCAUUCGUCUUCGCCGGAAUUCUCGCCGCGACAGUAUUCGCUGAUCCGGCGUCAGUGCAUCCGCCGCAAAGAGACCGGCUCCGGCAGAUCGCAGGGCAAACAGCGCAGGUUCACCCAUUCCGGAAUCACAUCCAAUCAACCCGGACAGGUCCCGUCGUCUGAUUGCACCUCAUUUCCAAUGGCUGUGCCAAACAAGUUCGCUCGCGGUCUUUCGACUCCCGUUACGUCAUCCGGAGCGGAAACCUCAUCCGAUUGCGACGACGAUAGCUCGACAAUCGUAUCAAACGGCUCUAUGACGGAUGUGGUAGACCAAGACCAACUACCGACGUUGAUUGUCGAGAUUAAGGCGAUUUCGGCACCUUGCCCCAUCCACCGGAACAUGAGCCAGAAGCACUGCGCCAUCUGCAAGUGUCCGCGUGAUGUCCACGACGUCACCCACAAGGAGUCGGUCAACGUGCACGAUCGGUUGGGAUUGAACAAGGAAGGAGAGGAGGAGCACCAUCGGCACCAUCAUCAACAGCACCCGCAGCUGCCCGUCAGCAGCAGCAGGGUCAUGCCGUUGAAUAAGGGUGCCCGGCCGACGUCGUCCGACGUCUAUUCAUGGAUACCGGCCGGACUCGGUCCUGAUCAAAUCGACGGUUUUAUGACUUGCUGGCCCAAAGACAAAGUGCCCAAGAGAAACUCACAGGGUGACCGAUGGCGUGAGCACCAGCUGGCGUUUCAACUGCCCAGGCAAGAUUUGGCAUUGGCCUAUUGCCGUUACGUCGAGCCGCAGAAUCACGCAUCUUAUCAGGAUUUCGUGGCUGCCCGCAACGACAUUGCGCUCGACAUCGCUUACGUUAAAGAGACCAGCACACGUGCCCUGAAGUGUUAUGGUUGUGACGGCAACAUUCCGGCCGGCUCGUUCGGCGUACUGGCCCCUAAGUUUGGUGAAAACGUGGCCUGGCAUCCGGCCUGCUUCCAGUGUACCACAUGUGCCGAACUGCUGGUUGACUUGACCUACUGCGUUCACGAGGAGCAGCUCUACUGCGAACGACAUUACGCUGAACAGCUCAAGCCACGCUGUUCCGCCUGCGAUGAGUUGAUUUUUAGCGGAGAAUACACGAAAGCCAUGUCGAAGGAUUGGCAUUUGGGCCACUUCAGUUGCUGGCAAUGCGACGAGUCGCUGACUGGGCAGCGUUACGUUCUGCGCGACGAACAUCCGUACUGCGUCAAGUGCUACGAGACCGUCUUCGCCAACAACUGUGACGAUUGCAAUCGAGUCAUCGGCAUUGAUUCGAAGGAUUUGUCGUACAAGGAUCGUCAUUGGCACGAAGCCUGCUUCUUGUGCAACAAGUGCCGCCUGUCGCUGGUCGACAAGCAGUUCGGCUCCAAGGCCGACAAGAUCUUUUGCGGCCCGUGCUACGACUCGAUGUACGCCACUCGCUGCGACGGAUGUGGCGAAAUCUUCCGCGCCGGAACCAAAAAAAUGGAAUACAAGAGUCGACAGUGGCACGAGAAGUGCUUCAGCUGCUUCGUGUGCAAGACGCCGAUCGGCACCAAGUCGUUCAUCCCGCGCGAACAAGAUAUCUACUGUUCCGGGUGUUACGAGGAAAAAUUCGCAACUCGCUGCGUCAAAUGCACCAAGAUCAUCACGACUGGCGGUGUGACUUACAAGAACGAUCCCUGGCAUCGUGAAUGCUUUACGUGCACUCACUGCGACAAGUCUUUGGCCGGCCAGCGGUUCACUUCCAAGGAUGAGAAACCCUAUUGCGCUGAAUGUUUCGGAGAACUGUUCGCUAAGCGUUGCACUGCUUGCACCAAGCCCAUUACCGGUAUUGGCGGCACACGAUUUAUCUCUUUCGAGGACCGCCAUUGGCAUAAUGAUUGCUUCCAAUGCGCUAGCUGCAACGUGACGCUGGUCGGAAAAGGAUUCAUCACCGAUGGCGCCGAUAUUCUCUGUCCCGAAUGCGCUAAACAGCGUGUUCUUUAAAUGAUGAACAAAAGUUGUUUGUUUCUUUUUGUUUUUGUUUUUUUUUUCUUCAUUUUUCGCAGCAGUAGUUCCUGGAGGGUGGGGAGGUGAAAAGAAAAAAAAUUUGAAACUCUCUAAUAAUCGUUUUUCAUUGGACCGGUGACCUAAAAGAGAAAAAAAAAAGGGCGAGGGAAAGAAGGAAUGACAUAAGUUAACGUAAUAAUAAAGAAACAUUUGUGAGCGUAUUGUAAAAGCGUUGGUGAACCGCAGGAGCACGAAACAGUUUACGUUUGUUUGUUUGGGUUGGUUUCUCCAUUUUGUUAAUUGAUGCGUUAUUUAAAACAGUGUGGAAAAGCUGGCGAUAAUACUAUUGGUGAUGAUGAUGUAAUCCCUCUCUUCCCUGCCGAGGAAUGUGCCAAGAAUUUGUUUUCUUUUUUUUUUUUUUUUUUUACAUAUUCUUAUAUACUCUUAAACUCUUUCUUGCAGAUCGGGGUAGUCUUUCUCUUUGCCAAGAAGAAUGUAGGCUUGGAUUGAUAGCUUUUAUCAAACACACACACACAAACACGUUUUUGGUUCUGUUUUUUUUUUUACUAAUCGUUUCGGUUGUUAUUUUUCCGCCCUCUCUUCGACUGUUGUUUUGACACAAGAAGAGUUUUGCUUUUUAUAAUUUUUUUCCCCAGUUUAAUAUUAUUUUGUUCUUUCCAGCCAUAAAUAAUCAACAGUUUAUUUGCUCUGCAGUGAUUGAAUCGUUAUCUUUGACUUGUGCCUUUUUCAACUUUCCCACUCCGGACAUCAGAAACAAAUCCGCUGGCGUGAAUCCACCAUUAGGUGUUUGGCCCAUCGUGCACCUUUUUUUUUUUUUUUAUUUCUGCCAUUUCUGACGACAAUAAUCAGCAUUUAUUUACGAUUAAGUAUUCUAUCCCAACAUGAUAUGCUCCUCCGUCGAAUCGCCUCUCCCUUCCCCUUUCCUUCUUUGUGAGUGUUGCUGCACAUAGACUAAGAAACGUGUUGAUGAUGAAAAUAAUAAUUAUAACAAAGCAAAAAGGAUGUUUAACAAAUACAAAAUAAGCAAAUUA